AUGAACAGUGGGAGCCCGCACUGGUCCAGGUUCUGGCACACCGUCGACCAUCUUCGCAGUCUGCAAGCCAUGGCCAGGGGCUACGACCUCCAGCCCGUUAUCUCUGCGAAAGCCGCCCAACUAUACAGGAAUCGCCGUCCGGACACUCUCGUAUCAGUCCAGCCACGCCGUUCCACCACCUUUCCACCAAAGCUAGAGGACUAUGCUCCUGCAAUCCAGGGUGAGAUUAGUCUCGCUCUCGAGUUCAUUGCGUUCCAGGACUCCAGCAACCUGCGCCACCUCGAAGCGAUGGAGUUCCGCUACCGUGGUCUCAUCGACUUUGCGCUGGAGAUCCCGGCCCCCGAAGGGUCCCGCCGCUAUCUUGAGCUUCGAGACCGCUAUGGCAAACUGCGCGACUUCAUCAAGUCGUUCGGUGAACCUAAGGGCCGCCAUCCCCUGCACACUUUGGAGAAGCUUGAAGCAGAGGUGCAGUCGCGCAUCCUUUUUUACGCCAUCGCGGAGCAUAUGAAGUACAAUCGCUUUGCCCUCCACAAGGCCAAGCUGUGA